AUGUCUAUUCUCAAGGUCCACGCCCGAGAAAUCUUUGAUUCCCGGGGGAACCCCACUGUGGAAGUUUAUCUCUACACCUCAAAAGGUCUCUUCAGAGUGUCUGUGCCCAGCAGUGCCUCCUCCGGGAUCUACAAGGCCCUACAUCUACAAGAACUCCGGGACAAUGAUAAGACGUGCUACAUGGGGAAAGGUGUCUCAAAGGCUGUUGAGCACAUCAAUAAAACUAUUGUACCUGCUCUGCUUAGCAAGAAACUGAACGUUGUGGAGCAAGAGAAGAUCGACAAACUGAUGAUUGAGAUGGACGGCACUGAGAAUAAAUCUAAAUUUGGUGCAAAUGCCAUCCUGGAAGUGUCCAUUGCUGUCUGCAAAGAUGGUGCCAGAGAAAAGGAGGUACCCCUGUACCGUCAUAUCGCUGACUUGGCUGGUAACCCUGAAGUCCUUCUGCCCGUCCUUGCUUUCAUCGUGAUCGAUGGUAGUUCCCACGCUGACAACAAACUGACCAUGCAGGAGUUCAUGAUCCUCCCUGUAGGGGCUUCCAGCUUCCAGGAAGCCAUGCGCAUUGGGGCAGAGGUUUAGCACAACCUGAAAAAUGUCAUCAAGGAGAAAUAUGGGAAAGAUGCCACAAGCAGUGAGGAGGGCGGGUUCAUGCCCAACAUCCUGGAGAACAAAGAAGCUCUGGAGCUGCUGAAGAAUGCAAUCUGGAAGGCGGGCUACACGGACCAGGUUGUCAUCCGCAUGGAUGUGGCUGCCUCUGAGUUCUUCAGGUCUGGCAAGUAUGACCUGGACUUCAAGUCUCCUGAUGACCCGAGCAGGUACAUCACACCUGACCUGUGUAAGUCCUUCAUCUGGGAGUAUCCAGUGAUGUCCAUCGAAGACCCCUUUGACCACGACGACUGGGAAGCCUGGAAGAAUUUCACAGCUAGUGCUGUCAUCCAGGUGGUUGGGGAUGAUUUCACAGUAACCAACCCUAAGAGGAUUGCCAAGGCUGUCAGUGAGAAGUCCUGCAACUGCCUGCUGCUCAAAGUCAACCAGACUGACUCUGUGACCCAGUCUCUGCAGGCAUGGAAGCUGGCUCUGUCCAAUGGUUGGGGCGUUAUGGUGUCCCAUGGCUCCGGGGAGACGGAGGACAUUUUCAUUGCCGAUCUCGUGGUGGGGCUCUGCACUGGGCAGAUCAAGACUAGUGCCCCUUGCGGAUCUGAGCGUCUGGCCAAGUACAAUCAGAUCCUUAGAAUCGAGGAAGAGCUGGGCUGCAAAGCCAAGUUUGCUGGCAGAUGCUUCAGGAACCCCCUGGCCAAGUAA